CUUAAUAAAGGCUACUUCUUACCGUUAAAGCGCGCGUAUAGUAAUACUAUCUUAGUUUUAGUAUGUAAUCGUAUCUACUAUAUUAGUAAAGAAACCUAUCUACUAGCGUUUAAAAAGGCCUAUUAUAAGGCUAUCAUACUAGAUAAUAUUUAUAGAGAGUUUUAA